GGCGUGGCCCGAGGGGCGGGGUGGAGCCGUCGCGCUCCUCCCACUUACCCCCAACGGCGCGCGCGCGCGGGAGCUGCGGUUGUGGACGUUGGUUGCGCGCGGCGCGGUUCGGGUGCUGAGAUUUGUUCCUGACCUUCCAUAAAAAUGUCCAAGCAACAGCCUGCUCAGUUUACCAAUCCAGAAACCCCUGGCUAUGUUGGAUUUGCAAACCUGCCCAAUCAAGUUCACCGAAAGUCUGUGAAAAAGGGGUUUGAAUUUACUCUUAUGGUGGUUGGUGAAUCUGGAUUGGGGAAAUCUACAUUAAUAAAUAGCCUCUUCUUGACAGAUCUCUACCCAGAAAGGAUAAUCCCAGGAGCUGCUGAGAAGAUUGAGCGCACUGUGCAGAUUGAAGCCUCAACAGUAGAAAUUGAAGAGAGGGGUGUGAAGCUACGUCUGACUGUUGUAGAUACACCAGGAUAUGGGGAUGCUAUCAAUUGUCGAGACUGUUUCAAGACUAUAAUCUCGUAUAUUGAUGAGCAGUUUGAGCGAUACCUGCAUGAUGAGAGUGGUUUGAACAGAAGACACAUCAUAGAUAACCGGGUCCAUUGCUGCUUCUAUUUCAUUUCGCCAUUUGGUCAUGGCCUUAAGCCUCUGGAUGUUGAGUUCAUGAAGGCUAUACACAACAAAGUAAAUAUUGUACCAGUGAUUGCAAAAGCUGAUACUCUUUCACUGAAAGAGCGAGAAAGACUAAAGAAAAGGAUUCUGGAUGAAAUAGAAGAGCAUGGCAUCAAGAUUUAUCACCUGCCUGAUGCUGAAUCUGAUGAGGAUGAAGAUUUUAAGGAGCAGACCAGACUCCUGAAGGCCAGCAUUCCAUUUUGUGUAGUGGGUUCCAAUCAACUUAUUGAAGCCAAAGGUAAAAAAGUUAGAGGUCGACUUUACCCCUGGGGUGUAGUUGAAGUGGAAAAUCCGGAACAUAAUGACUUCCUGAAGCUGAGGACCAUGUUAAUCACCCAUAUGCAAGAUCUUCAGGAGGUGACCCAGGAUCUUCACUAUGAGAACUUCCGCUCUGAGAGGCUCAAACGAGGCGGCAGGAAAAUAGAAGAUGAAGAAGUAAAUAAAGACCAGAUUCUGCUCGAAAAAGAAGCUGAACUUCGUCGUAUGCAGGAGAUGAUUGCAAGAAUGAAGGCCCAGAUGCAGCUGCAGAUGCAAAGUGGAGACGGAGAUAACAGCGCAGUUCAUGAGCACCAUGUAUAAAUAGUGUCUAACUGUAAGAAGAUAGCUGAUCUUCAAUUGUAUUUUCUGUCUUGAUUUUAGAUUAUACCUUGACUUAACGGAGACCUUCUGAAGUUGAAUUACGGUGGUGUUAUACCAGAAAGGAUGCCUUUUGUUCAACAUGUGACUUGGAGUUUGCUUUAAAGUUUAAUGUGGAAAUGCAUUGUGGUAACUUGUGAUGCAUAUUUCAUAACAUGUAGUCAGUAUUUUAUAUAUUAUGCACAUUUGACUUUGGUUUUGUUUAGUAAUUCUUAUAUUGAGCUGAUUUUCAAUUUCCCAUUGUAUGAGGGAUAAGAAAUAGACAUUGAAACUUU